AUGCCUCUUAACGUUCCCCCCGCCAACCGUCUUCUUGACCUUCUCAGCCUGAAAGAUAGGGUCGUUAUCAUCACCGGCGCCGCAGGCCCUCAGGGAAUCGGCAUCGAGGCAGCCCGCGGCUGCGCAGAGAUGGGCGCCAACGUUGCUAUCACCUACACCUCGCGAAAGGACGAAGCCGACGCCAAUAUUAUUGAACUGUCGAGCAACUACAAUGUCAAAGCCAAAGCAUACCACUGCGAUAUCUCCAACUUUGGCAGCGUCGAGCAGCUCGUUAAAGAUGUGAUCCGGGAGUUUGGUCAAGUCGACGCUUUCAUUGCAAAUGCCGGGGCUGUCCAUCACAGUACCAUGCUUGAUGCUUCAAGGGAAGACUGGGACAGAAUCAUCAAUAUCAACCUUAACGGCACGGCGUAUUGUGCCCAAGUCAUCGGGCCCUACUUUCGAGAACAGGGCUAUGGCUCCUUUGUCAUCAAUGCCAGCAUCGGUGGGCAUAUCGCCACUAUGCCAGUUGAAUUCGCAAGCUAUAAUGUUGCUAAGGCAGGUUGCGUUCACCUGGCCAAAAUUCUGGCUAACGAGUGGCGUGGCUUUGCGAGGGUCAAUAGCAUCUCACCAGGAUAUAUUGAUACUGGCUUGGCUGGAGGCAUUGGGGAUGACCUUCUGGAUGCUUGGAAUAGCAUGAUUCCGAUGGGCCGACAAGCGGACCCUAAGGAGUUGAAGGGGGCGUUUGUUUACCUCGUCAGUGAUGCCAGUUCUUAUACCACUGGGGCGGACAUUCUCAUCGAUGGAGGGUAUACUGUCCGAUGA